ACAAAUCCUGAUCAUACAUAUAGUAUGGACUGGUCACAAGAACAUCCUUCUCAACAGGAAACAAGAUGCAUCUAUGACUGUGGAACCUACAACUACAAUCAAGAACAGUGGAGAGAACCAUUUGUAUCUCAAAUGGAGAAAUCUACAAACACUGACGGAUUUUGUGAUGUCUUGACAGUGGAUUGUGGAGGACCAGAAGAAAGUGAAAGUGACAUAGAAACUGAAGAGCACAAGGACAGGAUACAACCAUGUUACAUUAAAGAUGAAGUAGUUUCACCAGCAAGUUUUGUGUCACCAGGGUGCGAAGCAAAAUAUGACUUUGAAAAUAAUCCUCUACCUCAACCAAGCACGUGUCCUUGUGCAAUAAAGCGCAUUUGCCCAUAUGAAGUUUGUAAUGAACUCGGGAUCUGCAGCACCUGGGCUGAAACAAGAAUGCAAGUUGACACAUAUAUCCAAGCGGAUUCAUUUGAGUGUGGUUAUCCAAUAAAAUGUAUAAAAUGUGGGAAAACUAUACAGGACCGGAGCUCUUGUCAACAGCGUUAUUUAAUACCCAUUUAUGAGUGUAAUUCAUGUAUUGCACAUGGCACAACAGGACCUGAUUUGACUUCAUACCUGGAAUCCAUUUCUGGUUCAUAUCAUCUCGACUUCUACCAUUGUCAGCAAUUUUGGUGCUCAAAUAGGCACAAUACAGCAGCUGAUCCAAGAAUUGUUCCCUGUGAGUACUGUAAGAAAAAAUUCGAGACGGUCCGGGGCAUGAGGAUACAUGUGGGACACGUCCACAAAGGAGCCAGAGCUAAGCAUUAAUAUGAGCUGCACAAAAUGUUGGAUAACAUAUUCUUUGUAGAUGAGAUUCUGCUCUGUGCAAGCAUGAUUUGAAAUGGAAUGCAAAGAAAGGAAAAAUAUUCAGUGAAGAGCAAAUCUUCAAGCAUUUUUAAGGCUUUUUUUACCAUA